GGCGGCGGACGGGGCGGGGAAGAGCUCGGCGCGGACGGGAUCGUCCGGCGGCCGUGCCUCCACCUCCUCCUCUUCCUCCACCUCCUCCUCCUCCCGCCGAGCGUCGCCCCGCGCUUCGCUCCCCGCGGGUUUGUGGCGCUGCGCCGGGGGAGGAUGAACGGAGGAUAAAUGGUGCCCAAAGCGGACAGCGGCACCUUCCUCCUCCUCUUCCUCCUGGUGCUGAGCAUCACCGAGCCGCUGCGGCCAGAGCUCCGCUGCACCCCGGGGCAGUUUGCGUGUCGGAGUGGAACCAUCCAGUGCAUCCCUUCCAACUGGCAGUGCGAUGGAUGGCCCACCUGCGAGGACGAGAGCGAUGAAGUUGACUGUCCAGGAUUGACAGGGGACCAGCGCACUUACCAUGGGAAGGAGAAUGUGGACUCCAGGCACAACCGAGGGAGAGGAGGAGAGACGACCCGCUUUCACACCGUCAAUGUGGCACAGCCUGUCCGAUUUAGCAGUUUCCUAGGAAAGUGCCCAACAGGGUGGCAUCACUACGAGGGCACAGCCAGCUGUUACAGAGUCUAUUUAAAUGGGGAGAACUACUGGGACGCCGUGCAGACAUGUCAGCGGGUGAACGGAUCCCUCGCCACCUUCACUGCAGACCAGGAGCUGAGGUUUAUCCUGGCACAGGAGUGGGACUUGGAAGAGAAGACAUUUGUCAGGAAGGACCAACGUAGGUUCUGGGUUGGAUAUCAAUAUGUAAUCACCAACCGAAAUCACUCUCUGGAAGGUCACUGGGAAGUAGCUUACAAAGGCUCUUCGGAAGUAUUUUUACCCCCUGACCCUAUCUUUGGUACGGCUAUGUCUGAAAAUGAAAACGUUCUUUGUGCCCAGCUUCAGUGUUUCCAUUUUCCUACCCUUCGGCACCAUGGUUUACACAGCUGGUAUGCUGAAAACUGCUAUGAGAAAUCAUCAUUCCUCUGCAAAAGAAGCCAGACGUGUGUUGAUAUCAAGGACAACAUUGUUGACGAAGGCUACUAUUUUACUCCGAAAGGGGAUGAUCCCUGCUUGAGCUGCACAUGUCACAAUGGUGAACCAGAAAUGUGUGUGGCUGCUUUGUGUGAGCGGCCGCAGGGAUGUCAGCAGUAUCGCAAAGAUCCUAAAGAGUGCUGCAAAUUUACGUGUUUAGACCCAGAUGGGAACAGUCUGUUUGACUCGAUGGCUGGUGGAAUGCGCCUGAUAGUGAGCUGCAUCUCAUCCUUCCUCAUCCUCUCUCUGUUGCUCUUCAUGGUCCACCGGUUGCGUCAGAGGCGGAGAGAGCGCAUAGAGUCUUUGAUUGGAGCAAAUUUGCACCACUUCAACUUGGGCCGCAGAAUGCCUGGUUUUGAUUAUGGUCCGGAUGGUUUUGGAACUGGCCUUACUCCACUCCAUCUUUCAGAUGAUGGGGAAGGUGGGGCAUUUCACUUCCAUGAUCCACCACCACCCUAUACUGCUUACAAGUAUCCAGACAUUCAACACCCAGAUGACCCACCUCCUCCGUAUGAGGCUUCUGUCAAUCCAGACAGCAUCCUUUGUUCCACUCCAGAUGGAGUUCUUUCUCAGACUGUGCAAAGCGGUCCUCCGUCACUAGGAAACUGUGAUGUAUCCCCACAGCUCACAGAGGGCUCCCUUCCUCCCUCAGUUGGUCCUUCUCCAGUGGAGCUGGAAGACUCUGCUGACAGCAGCACCUUUCUUGUCCCCCCAGACACAGCGCUAAAUGAAAACACACCGGCAGAAACUCUGACAGGCAGCCGGCACAGCCACUGUUCUCUCAAUACCAUUGUAUAAAGGAGUCAGCUGACUGCCAGCCAGAAAUAGUUUUAGCAACUGUUUGCACAGACAAACACUAAUCCGUGGUUGGAACUUCAGAAGGAAUCUCCACUUUGUUUUUGAACACUGCUUUUAUGUUCUAGGUUAGGAUUGUGCCUCUCGUUUUUGGCUGUUGUUAUUUGUUCACUAAUCGGUUUGUCCUGUAAAUAUGGAUUGUAUAACUACUUUUUUUUUUUUUUUUCCAUUGGCUGUGGAAAAGAAUGCAGAGAAUUCCUUUGACUUCUAAGGAGAGGAAAAGUAUGGGUAGGGGUUUUUUUUGUUUUGUUUUAUUUCUUAAACUGAGAGGAAAUGAAAUCUACAUCAGAAAAAGCUGCUUGGAUUUGGCUGGAUACCACUGGACCCAGGAAACAGACCGUGGAAGAGGGGGGUGGGAGCUGUCAUGGCUCAGUCACUUGCUUUCUCUCUUGCUUCAGUGCUACACUUGGAAAAGACAGAGAAGGCUGAACUGCAGAGGAAGGAGCUGGGUUUCUGUUUUUACAGAGCAGGAACAUGGAGGAACUAAAACUCAUGCCACCAAGUGAGAGUUGCAAACAUUUGUGUGUUCUGGUCAGCCUUGCUGUUUCAGACCACCAUGGGACUGGAGGAUAAAUGAUCUACACCGUACGUGACUUCAUCUUUUUAUGGAGGAGUACUCAGAAAACCAGGAUUUGCAAUGACAAUUAUUUGUUGUUGUUAGCUGCACAAUCUCGUGUUGUCUGGUAAAUUUCUGUCCCAUAAAUGAAAUUUGGUCUGUGUAAUGCUGGCUUCCCUUUGGUAGAAUCCUUGUGUGUAUCAUGGGGAAGAGGCAGGGAGCAGGUAACUGCCUGAGUGCUCUGCCUUCACUGUGUGAAUCCCCUGCUCAUUACAGUCCCAAAAACUGCAAAGAAAAACACUUCAACUCCUUGACAGUGGCACAAGACUGGCCUGGAUAAAAGACCAUUGUUCAUUGCAUGCUGUAAUUAGCAUGUAAGUGUGUUCCAUCCCUUCCAUUUCGUUUCUUUACAGUUGCUAUAAAUACCAUUUGAAAACACUGAUUGACAUGCACUCCACGUAAUGUUUAAUUCUAAUUGGACACUUGUUUCUUAGCCUAAUCCUAUAGAUGCCAACCCUACUCUUGUCUUUCUUCCCUCCCACACCGUUUAUCCAGGUCCCACAAGGGGUUUAUGAUGUGGCUCAUGUACUGAAAUCGAUAAAGCAGUUUGCCUCACUCUGGUAUCUGAUCUUCAGUUUUCCCCUCAGGUUAACUCUUUCAGCUAAUUUAUACACUGCAAAACAAGAUUAAUUCAAUCCCUCACUAAACCUGUAGUUGAGCACUGUCGGUUUUGACAGUGAGUGCAAAAUCAUCUUGAGAGGUGAUUUUAAAUUGAAGUAGGAUAGUAGUGUUCAAAUAAUUUACCCCUCCCAUCCGUUCUCCUCUUGCCUCUGCCUCUCCUUGACUUGCUGUAGCAGUCAGCAGAUGAGAUAAACUGUAAGGAAUUUGUAAAGGAUGCCCCUCUGAGUGUUCUCCUAUUGCCUUAUGAAGGGUACAAGCCUAGAGGGACAGGAAGUGAACACUGCACGGGGGUGUAUAUGUGAAUUAUUUUUCUAGUAAUGAUGAGAAAUCGUACCUGUAUGACAAAUCCUAACCCACUGUUGUGGUUUCCCAUUGCAGCUGACUUUUUCCCUAUUGAAUAUGCUGCUACUUUCUAUUCUGUGUCUUGCCUAUAGGCUUAUACUGUACUUGAGGAUUGGUCUUGACAAUUCAACUCCUUUUGCACAGAAAACUGUGAGUUUCACGAUUGAGAUCCUGUCUGGUUUCUCAACAUUCGGACACUUGCACCCCCGAAUCCAUGGGAGAGAGAACCACAGUUGCAGAGGAUGCGUGGCAGGACGCCUUCCUCCUGCUCUGUGCCCCUUCCCUGGGCUGCUGGCACGGAAUGGGAGGAGUGCUGCAGCCCGUGGGGCCUGUAACCAUCUCUGAGUUCCAGUCCUGGUCUGAUGAAGCGGAUGGAUAGCAGUAGUGAGAACCAUGCGUGCAAACGAUCGAGCAUUUCUGAAGUAUGAAAAUAAAGCGGGUUUUGUGCGUUUUUGAGCACAUUCAUACGUUUUAUACAUUGUAUGUACUGGUUUUUCUUUAGUUUUGUAGGUACGAGUGUGUGUGUGUGUGUGUGUGUGUUUUGGGACGGCUGUAUCUCUAUGUACACACGCUGUAUGCUCGGUGUGCUCAGCAGGGCACUGGGCACUAACUGCUCCUGGGGUGAUGCUUCUCUCCAGCUGGCUGCACUCUGUAGGGCAGGGUGCAAAGUCUGUGCUACUGCAAUCUGUUCCUGAAAACACUUUGUUAGCAAUGCAAACUGGAAAGCUUCUAAUUCCUUUUGAAGCCGGAUGGGGCGUUCAUCCUCCGUAGUAUCCUAGCGCAAUAACAAAGGACCUUUGGGCUUGGUUUAGGCUCUGAAGCUGUGUUUUGUGGUGGAGGUGAACAGAUACCUUACCUCACACAUCUCAUAACACUGCGGGAAUAUGUUCUGUGUUUGUUUUUUUUAUUUUAUUUUACUUUUUAUUCUGUGGUGAAUUUAUUUGAAAUAAACUCUGGUACAAUCCGUGAUGUCA